AUGUUCAGGAACAACUACGAUAACGAUUCCGUCACAUUCUCACCCCAAGGCCGGAUAUUCCAGGUCGAGUAUGCGGCGGAGGCAGUCAAGCAGGGUUCAGUAGUGGUGGGCAUCGCCAGCAAGACACACGCCGUUCUGGCAGCGAUCAAGCGCAAUGCCGAAGAACUAUCAUCAUACCAAAAGAAGCUGUUCCCCGUCGACGAGCACGCCGGCAUCGCCAUCGCGGGCCUCACCUCGGACGCGCGCGUCCUGUCCAACUUCAUGAAGCAGCAGUGCCUGGGCCACCGCCUCACCUACGGCCGCUCCAUGCCCGUCCGCACCCUCGUCGACCUGAUCGGCGAGAAGGCCCAGAUCAACACGCAGCACUACGGCAAGCGGCCCUACGGCGUCGGCCUGCUCGUCGCGGGCGUCGACGAGCGCGGCCCCCACCUGUUCGAGUUCCAGCCGUCGGGCAUGACCGAGGAGAUGGUCGCCUUCGCCAUCGGCGCGCGCUCCCAGAUGGCCCGCACCUACCUCGAGCGCAACAUCGACAAGUUUGCCGACUGCGACCGCGAGGAGCUCAUCCGCCACGGCCUGCGCGCCCUCAAGGAGAGCCUCGUCCAGGACCGCGAGCUGACGAUCGAGAACACGAGCGUCGGCGUCGUGGGCCUCGUGCCCGGCGCCGACGGCAAGAAGAAGCAGGUCCAGCCCUUCAAGGUGCACGACGGUCAGGACGUUAAGGACUGGAUAGACAGCGUGGCCGAUGACAAGGAGGGCAGCGGCGGCGCGGAGACGGCGGAGGAGGGCAUGGAGGUGGACAGCUAG